GCACAACCUCACUACCAAGUUCAUGUUCUGUGACCAUUGCCUUUCUUCUCGUUUCUUCUUCGUUCUUGCGCAGGCGCAGCAUACCCGAGAGACUGACUCACUCGAGUCACCCCCCCACCCGUCGUCAACCUUUAUCUCGUCUUCGACUCGUCGGCUUCUCCCUCACCCAGCCCUCCUGCACCCGAUAACCCGAGACCCAGCCCCCCUCCACCCGUGGUCGAAGCAUCGACCCUAGCCCCAGGUCAUCGGUGGCUAACCCUCACCUCGUCGUCGCCUUCAGACCCAAACGCCUUCACCGUCGACGACGACUUCUCCCCCACCCAACACCCAGCCCCCCUGCACCUGAUAGUCCGAGACCCAGCCCACCCCCCACCCCGUCGAACGCGACAGCAAACCCUAAGCCAUUUCACCCUCCUCAUUUCACCAUUAACGAUCUUGCGGGUAUCAUCGUCAUCGAUUUGAGAAGCUUGAGACCGGCAGCAUUUUAGCAAGCAAAGGCAGGGUGGAGUGGCUGGUUUGUUGAUUUGGAUUCUACAUACGGAACUGAUCGAACCAGUCGCGGGAGGUCCAGCCCGGGUUUAAACUUUCGAAUCAAUUCAAUGGCUUCUCAUCCCCAUCUCGACGACGAUGAUGAUUUUGGAGGCGAUUUUCCGGGAAUCAACGGUUCCAGGCGUUCAGGCAAUAAGAGAAGCUUUGGGGAUCUUGAAGAUGAUGAGGACGAUAUAUUUAGCUCCAAGAAGGGUAAUGUAAAAGUAGAAGAAACUGCACCUGGUGUGGCAACUGGGAUGAUUUUGUCCCUUCGUGAGAGCCUUCAGACUUGCAAAGACAGCCUUGCAGCAUGCCAAACGGAGCUUGAAGCUGCAAAGUCUGAAAUCCAAAGGUGGCGCUCUGCAUUUCAGAACGAGUCCUUCAUACCUGUGGGAAGUUCUCCUGAACCUAAAUUAGUAGUUAAUUACCUUCAGAGCCUGAAAUCUGCUGAGGAGUCAUUGAGAGAGCAGCUAGAAAAAGGAAAAAAGAAGGAAGCUGCCUUCAUUGUAACUUUUGCAAAGCGGGAGCAGGAGAUAGCCGAAUUGAAGUCUUCUGUACGAGAUUUGAGAGCGCAACUCAAGCCACCAUCAAUGCAGGCAAGGAGAUUGUUACUAGAUCCAGCUAUUCACGAAGAGUUUACACGUUUAAAGAAUUUGGUGGAAGAGAAGGACAAGAAAAUAAAGGAGCUGCAGGACAAUGUUGCUGCUGUCAAUUUUACGCCACAAAGUAAGAUGGGUAAGAUGCUAAUGGCUAAAUGCAGGACGCUGCAGGAGGAAAAUGAGGAGAUUGGAAACCAGGCUAAUGAAGGAAAGAUUCACGAGUUGGGGAUGAAACUUGCUCUGCAGAAAUCCCAAAAUGCAGAACUCAGGAGUCAAUUUGAAGGGCUGUAUAAGCAUAUGGAGGGAUUGACAAAUGAUGUGGAGAAGUCCAAUGAAAUGGUGCUCAUCUUGCAAGAUAAGCUGGUAGAGAAGGACGGUGAGAUCAGAAAGUUGAGGGAUGAGGUGGAACAGAAGAAGGCGGCCACGAUGGAGGUAGAUGAGGAAGAUAAUGAGAAAGAAACAGCUGAUGAGACCGUGCCACAGCCACUGCCACCCACAGCUGGUGAACCUGAAGCAGAGAAUCAGUAGUGGAACUUUGGCCUAAUUCAAUAGGAGGAUUGUGGUUCAAUUUGUUGGGAUGUUGUAAAUUAAUUUUGGGAUUAUGUUUGAAUUUAGUUGUCUUGUCUCCUCAAAAGGCGGCUAAUUCCUGAAAGUCCAAUUUGCCUCCAUCCAAGGGAUGGGAUAUGAUAGGUCUCUCAUUUGAAGUCUUUUAAACAACUUUUAUAAUUAUAAAUUGUAUUUUACAAAUA